AUGUGAGAGCUGUAUGAAGUUGUAAGAAAUGAUGUUCGGUGCUUAUUCUCUGCAUAUCCUGUUACUGCUGCUCCCAGCUAGCUGCAUGAGCGCCCUCGUCUCCCAACUGGAGAACCACUUGUCUGUUGGAGAAGGGAAAAUGGCGGAGAUGCACUGUUACCAAAAUGACACUAACGAAAGCUAUAUGUACUGGUACCGAAAUCAGAGAGGAGCAGGUCUGGAGCUCAUAGUAACCUCCAUUUUCGGUUCUGAUCCCACGCUUGAAGAGAGUUUCAAGAAGAGGUUUGAAGUCACUAGAGCUAGUCAGAAGUCGUGCAGCCUGAAAAUACAGAGCUUAGUGCCGACUGAUACUGCAGUCUAUUUCUGCGCUGCUAGUGAUCACACUUUGUGUUCUGCUAGCACGUAUUACUUCGGCGCUGGCACGAAGUUGACAGUUUUUGAGCACCCGGUUCGAGUGCCCAAAAUCACGAUUCUCAAACCGUCACCAGCAGAGCUGAGAGAGAAAGGAAAAGCGACAGUGGUGUGCCUUGUUACUGACUUCUACCCCGACAACAUCCAGAUCCACUGGUAUGUCGAUAGUAAGAAGGAGGAAAGUGAAACUAAAAUUCAGUCAGACCCCGAAUCAGUCGCAGAGGAAGGGGGCAAGUCUUACAGUGUCAGCAGUCGGAUAAGAUUCGUAGAUGAAGAAUGGGUCAAGAUGAAGAACGUUGAAUGCAGAGUUCAUCAUUAUGCAAAAGGAUCGGACCCUACUUUGUACACGUCAGAGUUUGAAGUCAAUGCUGAAAUCUGCGGCAUGAGUAAAGAAGCCAAAGUCCAGAGCAUGGGGACAGCAAAAUUGACAUAUCUUAUGAUGUUUUGCAAAAGCAUCUUGUACGCACUGUUCGUGUCAAUAAUUGUUUGGAAGUCCAAGAUCUCCCGCAGCAAAAGAUUUGACUGAACACAAUGAAGACGGAGGAACACAUGAGACAGCAUGGAAGGAGGAAGUAUGCAAUUUGUGAAUGCUAAGACAGUGGUUUGCUCUUGCUUACGUCUGUUGCCCAAGCAGUGUAUCAAGACACUACCCUCAACAAUGUGGUCAUGUGAAGUGAUAGAGCAGAAUUAGAGCCCUUACCGCUUUCAGGUGUCUAUAUUUUGACACGUAUUUACGUUUUUAUUAUAUAAAUAAGCUUCAGCUUUGAGGAAUGCAAGAUAUUUCACUGAUAGCCAAUUUGUUUUUGGAUCGUUUGAAACUUUCAAUACAAUCACUAAAUAGUACAAGUCAAUUUGAUCCAUCAUGCAAAAACGUCCUCUGAGUGUCAGAAUUUGCUUUACGCAUUUCCAAGGCACAAAAUAAAACAGUUUCGUAUUAAAUCUUAACUUUAUCUUCUAUACCCCUCUCUUUCAUUCUGUAUUAUCAUGUGCAUAUUAUUAAGACGUUGAACUUUGAAAGUGAUUGAAAUGUUUUUUAAAGCAAGCUGUUAUUUUAUCUCGCUUCCAAUCAUGUAUCAAUGUAAUUAUGAGUUUUUGAGUGACAUUCCGGGAUUUUAUUCAAUAUUGUGGAAUCAUUAUUUGGUAUGGUAUCCUUGAUGGAGCUAGUAUUGACAACCUGUUUGAGAAUUUCUGCAGCCCUCAUUCUUGUUUUUUUUCUUAGAAGAAAUAAAUUGAUGAAGUUUGAAAGCAA